AUGACAGCGAGGCUUCUCUUGGAAGCUCGAGCUGACGUGGACAAGGAAGGCUUCGACAUCGAUGGUUGCACGCCCCUGGUUGCGGCUGCGCACCGCGACCAUGACGCAAUCGUGGAGCUCCUGAUCGCAGCACGUGCUGACGUUGACAAACAGCCCGAUUGGUACAACUCUGCGCUCAGCUACGCGAGUCGGGGAGGCAGCGAUGGCAUGUUGCGAAUGCUGCUUGAAGCAGGAGCGGACCCCGAGCGAGAAGAUUGCAAGUCUUUGGUGAUGCGCGGGGAGUACGAGGAGGCUAUGCGGCUUCUGAAGGAAGCUGCAGCGGAGGAGAAGGCCCGCAUGGCUGCUUAG